UGCAGUGUGACAAACCAGGAAGUGGCUGUUUCAGACGUCUGCUAAGCUAGGUUAGCUCAUUCGUAUGCACCUGAAGUCAUGGGGGAAGUGACUGAUGCUUGACAGAAAUUAUUUGUGAAGGAUUUUUAUAUAUCUUGAGGAGUCAAGCAUACAUUUCGAAAAACUAGAUUUUAAAAUGGAGUCUAUGCUGAACAAACUGAAGAGCACAGUCACUAAGGUGACUGCUGAUGUCACUAGUGCUGUUAUGGGGAACCCAGUGACCAGGGAGUUUGAGGUUGGGAGACAUAUUGCUAGUGGGGGACCUUGCAUGUGCUGGAGGAUUUACAAUGGCACCAAGAAAUCCACUAAACAGGAAGUGGCAGUGUUUGUCUUUGAUAAAAAAGUAGUUGACAAAUAUCAAAAAUAUGAAAAGGACCAAAUUAUUGAUUCCUUAAAAAAAGGUGUGCAACAGUUGACAAGACUACGUCAUCCUCGUCUUUUGACAGUGCAGCAUCCUCUUGAAGAAUCGCGAGAUUGUCUGGCAUUCUGUACAGAACCAGUGUUUGCCAGUCUUGCAAAUGUGCUGGGUCAGUGGGACAACCUCCCCAAUCCUGUGCCCAAUGACAUAAAGGAAUAUAAACUAUUUGAUGUGGAAACCAAAUAUGGCUUAUUACAGAUAUCUGAAGGGCUGUCAUUUCUUCACAGUGGAGUGAAAAUGGUUCAUGGAAACUUGAGUCCUGAAAACAUCAUUCUCAAUAAAAGUGGUGCCUGGAAAAUAAUGGGUUUUGACUUCAGCAUUUCCUCUAUCAACCCCUCAGAUGCAGAGCCUAAAUACACAUGUAAAGAGUGGGAGCCUAACCUUCCUCCUCUCUGCCUCCCUAACCCCGAGUACCUUGCCCCUGAGUACAUCCUGUCAGUGAGUUGUGACUCGGCUUCUGACAUGUACUCUCUGGGUGUGGUAAUGCAUGCUGUCUUUAAUGAAGGCAAGCCUGUUUUCCAAGUCAAUAAGCACGACAUUUUUAAAAGCUUCAGCAGACAAUUGGACCAGUUGACCAAUAUAAGUCCAGCACUGCUAAACAAAUUGCCAGAAGAGGUUCGGGACCAUGUGAAGAUGCUUUUAAGUGUCACACCAACUGUUCGACCUGAUGCUGACCAGAUGACAAAGAUCCCAUUUUUUGAUGAUGUCGGAGCUGUAACUCUUCAGUAUUUUGACUCACUCUUUCAAAGAGAUAACCUUCAAAAAUCACAGUUUUAUAAAGGCCUGCCCAAAGUUUUGCCUAAACUUCCCAAGAGAGUAGUUGUGUAUCGGAUCUUGCCAGCAUUGACUUCAGAGUUUGUCAAUCCUGAUAUGGUUCCCUUUGUACUGCCUAACGUGCUGCUCAUUGCUGAAGAGUGCACCAAGGAGGAGUAUGUUCGCCUCAUUUUGCCUGAUCUCGCCCCAGUUUUCAAGCAGCAAGAGCCCAUCCAGGCUAGUAACAUGAUUUUGUUGAUAUUUCUUCAAAAAAUGGACUUGCUGUUAACCAAAACGCCAGCAGAAGACAUUAAGAACAGUGUGCUACCUAUGGUCUAUCGCGCUCUUGAAGCUCCAUCUGUACAGAUUCAGGAGUUGUGUCUGAAUAUCAUUCCUACAUUUGCUAAUCUGAUUGACUACCCAUCUAUGAAGAACUCUCUUAUUCCAAAGAUUAAAUCAGCGUGUCUGCAGACGUCUUCUCUCGCUGUACGGGUGAACUCUCUGGUGUGUUUAGGGAAAAUUUUAGAAUAUCUCGACAAGUGGUUUGUCAUUGAUGAGAUCCUCCCAUUCUUGCAACAAAUUCCAUCCAGAGAACCAGCUGUGCUCAUGGGAAUACUAGGAAUUUACAAGUGCACCUUCAGUCACAAGAAGCUGGGCAUUCCCAAAGAGCAUCUAGCCACCAAGAGCCUGCCCCACCUUGUGUCUCUCAGUAUAGACAAUAACCUCAAUCUGAACCAGUUUAACUCUUUCAUGGUGGUUAUUCGAGAGAUGCUGAGUCGAAUGGAGGCUGAACACAAGACUAAGUUGGAGCAACUUCAUGUGAUGCAGGAACAGACCAGAAGUUUAAACAUAUCUAACCAAGGGAACCAAUCAGAAGAGACAAAGUCCACACCAAACUCUGGAAACCAGAUGGAUGAUAUUUUUGGAAGCACAGCUGUCAACGGCAAAGAGCAUGGAUCCUCUGCACCACCGCCCAACAGAAUGUCUUUGACAUUAGAAGAAAAACAGCGACUCGCUAAAGAGCAAGAGCAGGCUGCUAAACUUAGGAGUCAGCAGCCAUUAGCACCACAAACUGUUAAACCAUCUUCCACUUCAUCCAAUCAGACAAAAGACCUGACCAGCAGUCUUCUAAACAAUAUGACUUCUUUAAACAGUAUGUCUUUGGCCAACACACCACGUCUUGGUCCAGUGCAGGGUUCUACUAUAUCUACCUUCCCUACUCCUAACCCGAUGAUAGGCUCCAUGGGCGCUCCAAUGUCCAAUGGCUUCAACACAUCGAUGGGCUUUCAAGCUGCUGGCAUGGGGAUGGGCAUGCGACCUCCAGGCCCCAGUCUUUAUGGUGGGAUGGCUACCACCACUAGCGCCCCGAACUUUGGUGCCCUGGCACAGAAUCAAGGACAAAUGGGACAGGCAAAUAAAGUUCCAGAUAUGUCAGCCUUGGACAGUCUUUUUACAUCUAAUAAGCCCAAAGUCCCGCUCAACCAAAUUGGUUCCAAACCUGGUCCUGCUCCGGCAAACAGCACUCCCUGGCCCAAUCAGUUCAGUUCAGCCCACAACACAUCAAUGCAGGCAGCGCCGGCAGGCAUGGGCGGCUUCGGGAUGCAAGCAAACCCUUUUUUCAGUCCACAAAACUUUCCUCAACCUGCCGCCCCACCUGGCAUGAACCAAAGUGCAAUUAAACAGAGUACAUCAGUUAACAAUGACCUAAAAGACUUAUUUGGCUAACAAUAUGGAAAAGACUAAAAACAAUUCAACAGAUAUAACUUAGAUAGAGAUUUGUGAUUGGAAAAUUGAAAACAACUGGAUGAAUGGAAAAAAAACAACAACUUUUCUCUAGUUUGGUAAUUUAAUUGGAUUCUGACCACCUAAAAUUGACUUUUUACUUGAAUAGGAUAUCGUAGGUGAGGACUUGAAAAUGCUGGAAGUUAAAAUAUUUUCUUAGACUUUUUUACUCAAAACUUGGUGUUAUUCCAAAUCCGAAGGAUCUCUCUUUGUAUCAUAAAAAGUGAACUGGGUGGUAUUUUAAAAAUAUAUCCUAAAAAGAUGGCAUAUUUUUUUGUUUUAUUGUACACAUUCAUACUGUUUAUUUCUUAAUUUUAUACUCAAGGCUGCUUUCAUGUUUUAUGGAUUUCACUGUCACAUGAAUAACAUUUUUUUUUUUUUUUUUUUCCUGAAGUCAGAAAACAAAAAGCUGUUAUGGUUUAGGUUCAAACAAUGUGGCCCUUUGAAUCCUGUUCAUAGAAUUAGAAUGGGAUUGGGAAAAUCAUCCAUUCAGAAUUUUACAUUUAAAAUAUCAAACAGAUCAAAUGUGACACAGGUGUUUUUCAGUUUUAGAUACAUGGCUAUGUUUGAAGAGAAGUCUGUAGGUUUUGUCAGUCAUUUCGCCUUCAUGUUGUGUCUGUUUGUGUAUGUGUGGAGUGACACUUGAUGCUAUUGCUUAGGUUUUAUUGUUAAACCUCAUCUCUUGCACUGCUUAUGGGCCAAUGUGCCUUUCCUGUGGACAAUGAGAUAGAUAUUCUCACUGAAGUAUUAUACCCCUUUCAGUUUGCAGUUUAAAUUUUGGCUUUUCUUUUCUUCAAAAAAUCUCGCAUGUUACUGAACUCAACCACAAAUGAUUUAGGAUUUUAAAUGAGUAAUUCCUUGCUAUUGCAAUGACCAAUACUCUUAAUCACUGGAUUUAAGACACCGUGUUUCAGCCUUUUCACCUUUUCAUUAAAGGUGAAACCGUGCUGAUGACGUAAAAAUGUAAAUAUAUAAUUAUUGAGAACAAUGUAUGGCCUUGAAAUUUUAAUCUUGUAGUUAAGGGGCCUUCAAUGAGUUGUGUGCAAUAAUUCUAUUAGUAGCAGAUGGUAAUGUUUGUCAGUGUCCAUAGACCAUAUGCUAAAUUUAAUUUUUUACAAAUGAUCAUUACACUGUAUAAACUAUAUGUUAUGUGAUCUCUCUUUCCAUAAAAAAUGUUCAGUUUCACUUGAUUUGAAUAAUAUAUAUAAACAAAACAUAUGGAAGCUUUCAUGCACUAUGUGAAUUUUUUAUGAUUAAAAUGUAUUAC